AUGGGUGAAGAAAACGAACAUAAAGAGAAAGAGCACAAGCACCAUCACAUUGGAGGGUUUGUAGCAAGCGUUGCUGGUGGUGUAGGUGGUGCACAAGUUGGUAGCGCACUCGGACUAGGAGGUGCAGGUGACAUUGCUUCCUCGGUUGCUGGGAGUAUGGGAGCUCAGAGAUUGCAGCAAAAGGCUUCUAGUCACCGUAAUGCUAAGAAAGAGGAAGGUAAAUAG